ACUGCGACGCAUAUGUAACACUGUUUUCUGGACAUCUGUCAAGCGCACACAGUCAAGCAAACAGUUCAUACUUCUCUGCAUAUCAUCCGUCGGAAACAUCCUCAUAACAUCCUCAUAUCAUCCUCGGAGGAAUAUGAAAGACUCCGCUCUCAGAUGCUUCAGCCGUCUAGAAGAAUGCAACACCCUGAAGUCGUUGUGUCUCGAGAGGAUCGUGUUCCUGUACACCCAUCCGAGGAAACGAAGACAAACGCCUUCCAGCUGCCAGAGCAAGCCACGCCCGGAAAACCCAUUCGCGAGCCUUCCCGGUAAUUUGGUCGCAGACCUCGUUGAAACGUCCGUCCGGUUGUCUCCGAAGGCCCGUGACAACAUGACGCCAGACGUCCGUCAAGAGGACCUUGAACUUCUCGUCAGUAGUGGUCGUCUGCGCCGGUUCUCGCUGUGGGACGUCGAGAUGCACAGCAAAGAGUUUUCGGGAGUCCUAAAGAAACUCUCGCAGCACUCCUCGGCGCUGAAGGAGAUUGAAAUAGACGGAGUCUACGUCCGUGGGAAAAGACCCGAAAGCAUCUUUCGUAGCUUCAAGACCAUCAACCAACUCCUCCGCUCCUCACCCCAACUCCAAGUUUUGCGGCUUGGCGUUAGUGGAGACUCCCUCAUGGAGCUUUUAGGUCUCAACAAGCUGGAACAUCUUUCACUCAGCUUCGAUUGUCGUCAGAGCCUGGACGAUGUGCUUCACCACGCUGCUCUUACGGGCCGAGACCUCUGUCCGCGGCUGAGGUGUUUCGAAUACAAUGACUACUUUUCUACGCCAUCUACCGCGACAGUGGCGCACAUCUUGCAGAACUGCCCUUACCUCGUCGAGUUGAAAGCUGACUGUUCAGCUGCACUCGUCCAAUUUCACCAAAAGCAGUUCCUCACAGAAGGCCACGUGACUCAAAGGUAUCGCCUGAGAAAAGCUGUUCUGGGUUCUUGCGUUUACGGCCAGUGCGACGGUAGCGCUUUCACGAGCAGUCCGUCGCCGCUAUGCGCGCAGAUCCUCGUGGAAACGUGCCCCAAUUUAGUAGACCUAGAGCUUUACAUUGACAGCCACGACACGUUAAUAUGCCUCGCUGAAUUAUCGCACCUGCAGUUUCUCAAACUCAUGUGGGUCGGCACAAGGACGGUGGGCAACUUUGAUAUCAGCACCUUAUCUCUGCUUCACGAGAUCGGCUGCCAACUCUCUGAGCUGUGCCUGCAUUCGUUCACCGGAGUUGACCUGGAUGCCAUUGCAUCCAUAUGCCCUUCACUGGAGGCACUCGGCCUGAUACAGUGUCGCACAGUCUGUAAUCACAUUCCAGAAUCCGAACCUUUUACGAAAAUAACGCGACUGAGAAUAAUCCCACCGACGGAAUAUCCAUCCAUUCAGGCUGAAGCAGACAUAGCCUGCCUGUUAGCUUCGUGUCCUUCUCUGAAGUCAUUCGUGGUAGACUUCGUGGCGGAAAGUUUCGCCGUUCUUGUCGAGAGGAUCUUGUCGGCAAACAGAUUCAGCUGUCUCGAACUAGCUGGAGUGUAUUUUCAGCAACCGACGGCAGACUUGCAAGACGGUGUGUUUCGAUUUGUUACUGCGUGCAAGAUGCUGAAGUACCUAGUCGUUGCCGAUAGCGAUGUUUACGAUUAUGCGCUGGAGGCGAAUCCUUGCUUGAAGGUAAGGUACGAGUAUCUGUAUGUUGGUCUCUAGGAGAACACGAAGAGUCCAGUCCCAGAGGACCUGUACAAAACGGUUUCAUUGGUAUACGCAGCAAUAAAACUUCACCGCAAAGAG